AUCAGGGUUCAUGGUAGGUGUUUGUGAAGAAAUGUAAACAACCCAUCUCUCUCUUUCAUUCAUAUAGAUAUAGUAAGCCAAUGCAUAAAGCCACUGCACAAGCCAUAUCAGACAUUCUUUCUUGCUCUAAGACCCUUUUCCACGAAUUAAAGAAGGUGAUUUCUUUUCUUUCUCGGAAGACACGAAAGACUCUUCUUCUUCUUCUUCUUUUUCUGCCAUGGAUACUGCUCAAUGGCCACAGAAAUUGUUGUGGAUGAUUUCUUCUUUAAAAAAGGGAGAAAGAAAAAGGAAAUAAGAUGAUGGCUAUCAUUUAAAUUUUUCACUUGGUGUUGAAAGUAAUGCACUUUAUCUUUCUUUUCGCCAAUGCGCAAAAGCAACGGAAAAGGAGAUUGGACUGGUGAAACCAAUGGAGGAGGUGGUCUCUAAUGCAUGUUCGAGGCCUAUGUUAGAGAGGAGAGCCAAGCCUCAGAAAGAACAAGCCUUGAAUUGUCCAAGGUGCAAUUCAACAAGCACCAAAUUCUGUUAUUACAACAACUAUAGUCUCACUCAACCAAGAUACUUCUGCAAGACUUGUAGAAGGUACUGGACUGAAGGUGGAUCUCUCAGAAAUGUUCCUGUUGGAGGAGGCUCAAGAAAGAACAAGAGAUCUUCAAAUUCGUCAGCUUCAGCCUCCUCAAAAAAGCUGCCUGAUCUUACCCCACCAACCAGCUCUACAUCCUCUUCUCAAAACCUAAAGAUCCAUAAAGGGCAAGACCUCAACCUGGCUUUCCCAUACGCGCAAGAUUUCCAGGCUAUCUCCGAAUUUGCUCGAGUACCCAAGAUUGAGACCACCACCAACGAAGACAGCCCUAACCCUUGUUCUUCUUCCACUGCUACACCUUCACUUUCGGCUCUUGAGUUGCUGAGAAGUGGAAUUACUUCAAGGGGGUUGAAUUCUUUCAUGCCGAUACCAAUUCUAGAUUCGAACUCGUUUUACCCAACUGGAUUUGCUUUGCAGGAUUUCAAGCCAAGCCUUGGUUUUUCUCUUGAUGGACUUGGAGUUGGAGGUGGGUAUGGAAAUCUCCAAGGGGUUGAAGAGAGUAGUGGCAGACUUUUAUUUCCUUUUGAGGAUCUGAAACAAGUCUCAAACACAAAUGAUAUUGAGCAGAAUAGAGGACAAGGAGAUUCAACUGGGUAUUGGAAUGGGACGUUAGGUGGAGGAUCAUGGUAAAGUAGAAGCUGAGGUGAAGAAAAAAAAAAAGAAAAAGAAAUCCAUAAUUGCACGAGGAAAGGAAGAAACUGGUGUUUCUCUUCUUCUUACAUGGCUGGUGACUUGUUUGGAGUUGUUCAGACUGCUAACAGAUGGGAUACACGGUUUUGUUUAUUUCUUUUUCUUAAUUAUUUCUCUGUACUCUUUAGCCAUUGUGAAGAUUUGAAGCUCAUUUUAGGUUGGCUUCAAAAUGGGAUACUUGCUAGGGCAAGAAGAAGAGGUCCAGGAGAACCGGGAUUUCUUUUUUCUUUAGUCCUGUUUCCUUUUGCAGGGCAAGACUACUACUACUGCUUCUAGGGCUUUUACUAAGGCCUAAAAUCAUGAUUUCUCCUAUCACAGGAGGAGCAAAUGGGCACUAAUAGUUUUUUUCUUGUUUUUGGUUAUUAGGAUUACAAUUACUACAACUUAUGUUCAUGCAUGUUAUAGGUAGGAAGAGCUUGUGAAAUGUAUGUGGAAACUGGUAACCCUGAUGGACAGAAGAAAAAAAAGACUUGUUAAAUUUGAAUGGAUGAUGGCUUUCAAUCGUUUGUAGUUUU